AUGACUAUCCAGGCCAUGGAGCCUGAUUUCGAGAACAAGUAUCCUCGUCGUGUGGAUCGCCUGCAGGAGGAGCCAUCGGCCAAGAAUGCUCAGGGACUGUUUCCUCCAGAUGCUUGUAUCUUUGUUGGAAAUCUGUCUACGAAGGUCGCGGCAGAGGAAAUGACUGAAAGCUUGAAGAAGGCAUUCACCGUGUAUGGACCGUGUCAUGUUAAAAUCAAGCAGGAUAAGAAGAAAGGUCUACCAGGUGCAUUUGUGCAGUUUGAGAAAGUAGAACACGCCAAUGCUGCACUGGGCCCUAACGCACGCAUUACUCUACACGAUCGGUGGCUGCGAAUCGAAAGAGCCAAAGGAAGACCCCAAGAUGUCUCUUCUGCUCUGAGAGACCGAGGUCCUUUAGAAGUCUACUCCAUCGAGUCAUACUCCACUGGGCCUCAAACAUGGACUUUCAUUUGUAAAGUCACAUUUGCCUACGUCGAUGACUGUAGAGACGCGAUCAAGUUGUUCCAGAAAGAUCCCAACUAUUUUCUGACUCUUCUGGAUAUGGAGAGCAACCCUUCUCAGAACAUGGGGGGUAGGCUUUCUCUUCGCGCGAGACCCUAUGUUUCAUCUCAAGGGCGUAACAACAAUCACAACGGUUCUCCGCGGUACAACAGAACAUAUCGCAACGGACCCAACAGGGGUGGCUAUCGUGGAUUUCCCAAGUAUCAUGAUUCACCGUUUCAGCCAGAGAAUUCACCUCCAUCUCACCCACGCGGAGAGUUUCCUCCUCAUUUACUCCCUGGUCCACCUUACUGGAUCAACGGCAUGCCCUACAACAAUGAACCAUAUCCAUCAUUAUAUCAUCCGCCACCACAGCACCCAAGUAACGGCUUGAGCAACCAUCAAUUUAUUCCCAACAAUCACCCAGGAUUUGAUCCUCCACACCUAGUCCCUCCUCCAUAUGUCUACAACACUGGCAUCCCCCACGGGCCUUUGAUCGUCAACGGUCAGCUAUCGUAUGGGAGUAAUAGCCCAGCAUUUUAUCGUGAAAUGUGCACCCCCGAGAGUGGUUUUAUGAGCACACCUUCUAGCGUUGCUAGUCAGGAUGGCAGCUACUUUACAACACAAACCUAUACUGAGCCUUGUAUGGCCCCCCAGAGAGACCUGGCUCCACCUCUCAAUAGAAUCAAAGUAUCGCUGCCAACAGCGAAGGUUGAAGAGACCGAAGAAGAAGUUCCCGAAUGCGAAGGGAUAGAAAAGCUGCUUGAGCAAAAGGAGCCAGAGAAACCACCAAGGCUGAUUCGCAUCUACGAUUCUGAUACAGAGUCCGACGAGGAAGGGGAGGAAUACAGAGGUCUCACGCGAAAGCUUGAGCUCGAAGACGCAAACCACCUUGUUCCAGCCUUCAAACAAGUCAAAGGAGAAGAAGAAGAAGAAGAAGGAAAGAAAAUGGACGUUCAAGAACGACGCGAAUCACAAAAUACAGAGGUAACCUCAGAUUCGGGACCUCUAUCCGCGGAUCAGAGAUCCACACCCAGCCAUUCACGUUCACGUUCUCGAUCUUGCUCUCCUCUUUCUCGUACUGCAGUAUCUGUGCAUUCCAGAGAUUUGAGAGACUCUGAUCAAGAAGUGCAUGUUACGCCCAAGAAGACAGUGGCGGAAAUUGUACGAUCCGUGUUGCCGACUCUGGAAUCAGAUAUCGAUGAGAGGUUGAUACAAGAGGUUAUCCUGGAGGAGGAAGAAAGAAUGAAGCAGGAGAGAGCUAUGAAGAAGAAACAGAAACCAACAGUUGACCGUGGGUCCAGCAAGUCCAGCACUUCACGGAGCUGUUCGUUGACCAGGUCUUGUUCGUCAAAGUCCAUUUGA